AUUUGUUUUAUAGAGGUACAUUUUACAUAUGGAUCCCGUUGUAUGAUAUUUGUAGCGGUAUAUAGACAUAACACAAUUAAAGACUUAUAGAUUUCUGGGCAAAGAAAACCUGGCAGUGAUUGCCAUAAAUUCUUGAAGUGUUCUGAAGUGGACUAAGUGUUUGAACAAAUACAUUUUAAGAAGAAAUGGCUAAAAGUUUGAUAAACUGUGAAGAUUUGUAUAAGGAGAUAAAUGCUGGUUUACCUAAAGACACAGUGAUAGUGGAUGUCUCAUGGUCCAGUAAAAAGAAUUGCUAUGAUGACUACUUGAAGUGUCACAUUCCCGGAGCAGUUUUUGUUAAUAUCCUGGAGGAAUCCGAAAAUACAGAUCUAUAUCCAAGAAACAUUCCAAGAUCUGACGUUUUUGAGAGAAAUGUUCGACAAGCAGGAAUAAAUGACAACUCCCGGGUCAUUCUUUAUAGUGAAUCUGAUAAUUAUGGCUUCUUUACUUCUUGUAGAGCUUGGUGGACAUUCAUGGUUUAUGGUCAUUCCAAUGUUUCUGUUCUAAAUGGCGGGCUUCCGAAAUGGAAAUCUCUUGGUUAUCCUGUUAGCAGUGAUGUUGUUGAAAUAUCGCCUGGUUCGUUCACUGCUAAAUGGACACCCACACACUACAAAAAAUUUGAAGAAGUGGUAAAGAAUGUAGAACAAGGAGAGUUUCAAGUUUGUGAUACAAGGCCUUCAGGAGCAUAUCUCGGACAAGAUUCACCUGGUCAUAUUCCUGGUGCUUUUAAUCUUAAUUAUGGUCAAUUAAUGGACACAGCCAAUCAGACGUUAUUGUCUCCAGAUAAAAUUAAAAAAGUUUUUGCUAACGCAGGAGUAGAUUUGAGCCGACCAUUGGUAACCCACUGUAAUAGUGGAAUGUCAUCCUGCUCAGUUGCUUUUGCUGCUAGGCUGUGUGGGUCGGAAGACGUUUCUGUGUUCCAUGGUGGAUUUACAGAGUGGAAAGCCAAAGCUGGUCCUGAACUACUGACAAAGGAAACUGCAUAAACAACUGACUAUUAUUGAAAAUGGAAUGGAGUCUAUAAUUAUAUACAAAAAAAAAAAAAUAAAUUAAGGUUCCUUCAUUUA